AUGAUGUUAUAUGCAUUUUCUUAUCAUCAACAUAACUCUCUAGCAUUUACAGAAGAACGAGUCCUGUUACUGGUGAGGGCAGGAAAUGACGUCAACAUAGAAUCCAUUUGGAAUCAGACUGGAUCGAGUUAUCCCACUGACCUUGACCCGCUCAUGACCGCUCGUGACUUGAUUCCUUUGACCUUGGUCAGAAGCACACUGAUAGAUGAUUGGGACAACCCCCCAGACAAGAUUCACAUCAGAACAUUAAAUAGCCAAGGCGACGUUUUGUGGGAGAUGGCGUUUCAGGUUCCUUUAGGGACUGGUCCGACAUUGCGGAGCUUACUCAUAGAGAGUAACAUCAUAUCAUCCUCGUCCCCGGUGACGGCUUCCACAGCCGAAAUCAGCUGGAGUAAACCGUCAUACCAACUUCAUAUCGGGAGUACAACUGGUACCGAUGUGGCUUGGCUGGGAGUUUGGGAUGGCCCCUCGGGACAGAGUCAGAACCAGUAUCCGGUUUUCCUGGUACCACGAUUUCCGGACGUCCCACCGACACUGGCGGCAGAAACCUCAAUGAAUGCCGCAUACACAUACGAAGGCUGUUGGUCAUUCAGCGCCAUGACCAAGAUAUAUGCCAUAGAGGACAUCCAGGGCAUGACUCUGCUGCAAUGCGCUUUCCAUUGCAGAGCGCUCUCACAUCCGCGAAUGUUUCUAGAGAUGAGGUAUAAAUGUCAUUGCGGUGAUUUUGUUUCCUCGCCGACUGGUAGAGAUGACAGUCAGUGUAGCCUCCCGUGUAUUGGGGAUCCCUCUAACACUAACACCUGUGGGGGUAGCUCCAACAUGUUUGCUACCUAUCCUGUACCAGAGGCCGUCUCUACCCAGUACGUGUACGAGGGAUGCUGGAGUACUGUCAGUCUAGACUCGCAGACUUACCUGGACAAACCGUACAUGACAGUUACCUUGUGUAACAGUGUAUGUUCUCCGAGGAACAAAGCUUUAACAAUCAUACAGAACGGCCAGUCGUGCCAAUGUGGAACUUUUCGAUCGACCGACCCCAACGACAGAAAUGACCCCUUGUGUGUGACGUCAUGCCCAGGCGCCUCGACGUUUGAGCCAUGCGGUGGAAAUGGCAUGGCGUCCGUUUACCUAACAGGUCAAGGUCGUGAGGAAGAAAACUAGUAAAUGGAGUCAAUCAGAUAUAUUAGCUGACUGAUUGAUUGAAAAGUAUUCGUUUAAAACAUUUCAGUUAAUUAAAUAACCGAAACAUUACUUUGAAAUACUAUUAAGAUUAUCCAGAAGUCAAUAGGUUGUUUAUAUGUCUGGCCUUGCGGUGAUAUGAAUAGUGACAUGAUAUUAAUUUAACCAUUACGAUAUUCUGAUUUACAAAAUCAUUCAUUUAUCUAAGUUGAAACGUUAAGUAAACAGAGUGCAUAAAAUAGUAUUUUCACUGGGGAAGAUAUAUGAAAAAAAUUACCUAACUAUAAGUGUUCUUAAAAACCCGACCCUGCUGACGACAGCAGAUUAAAACAUCUACCUAAAUAUGUUAGACUCUCGUCAAAGACUAGGGAACUCUCCCCAUUGAAAUCCUCUCCAUCAACAUCCAAGUUAAAACAUGAUAUCUAUUAAUUAUUAAAAAAACCCAUUUAAUCUUGCCUCAGGAAUAGAUAUUCUAUACCAUCAGAUGUCACUGGUGAGAUGUCGUAUGUAACUUCAG